CUUCCCACUUCCACAAAUUCUUCCAGCCGCGCCGGCCACACUUUCCACCCCUUGCUCGGGGCUCUUCCAGCCAGGGAUGCCGAGGAGCAGGGCGCUCCUCCUGGGUGUCCCAGGCUCCAGCCCUACCUCUUGGCCCUAACCAUUCCUGUUCGCAGCCCCCCUCGCCCCGCCCAGGACCCUGCCGUCGCCAUCCCCCCAAACUCCCUGGGCACUCUCUCAGUGCGCCCCUUCCCGCGUCCACGCAGGGAGAACUCCACAGCAAAAGAGCGGGUCAGCAGGCAGGGUGCCUAGCCCAGUCGAGCCUCCAGGACCGGCACUCUGCUGGGCGGGGGCGGAAGAGGCACCGGGUCUCACCGGGCUCCGGGGUGCGCUCAGCUCUGACCCGCAGCCGCACGGCGGGGCUGGAUCGCUAAGCAGCCUUGCGCGGGAACCCAGCACCAAAGCCCAGGAGCCGCCGCCUCCGGCCGGCGGGCGCCCCGGCGCUCACCGCGAUCCCCGGACGCCGGAGUCCUGGGUGCCGCUGGAGCCCGCAAGCUCCUUCCAGGCCCCCUCCAAGGAGGGGCGCGCGGGGGCCUGAGAGGCAUCGCCCGCCCUCCCCUUUCCCCGCCCGCCCACCCGGCCCGCGCUGCACGGCGCUGCUCUCGGAUUCCGGGAGGGAAGCGCCUCGCUGUGUCCCUGGCGUCCUCAGUCCUGCCCCCCGAAGUGGAGAUGCGCGAGAGGCAGGCGAGGGCGCGCAGCUCUUGAGACGCAGCGCCAGCCGGCACCAUGCGUCUACGGCCGCUGCCCCUGGUCGUGGUCCCCGGCUUGCUGCAGCUGUUAUUUUGUGACAGCAAAACAGCGGUGCAUGCCACAGAGGGGCUGGACUGGGAAGACAAAGAUGCUCCGGGGACAUUGGUCGCCAACGUGGUGCACUCAAGGGUCAUGAAUCCCCUGCGCCUGUUUGUUAAACAGUCUCCGGUCCCAAAGCCCGGACACUUGGCGUAUGCGGACAGCAUGGAAAACUUCUGGGAUUGGCUGGCCAACAUCACGGAGGUUCAGGAGCCACUGACAAGAACUAAACGGAGGCCAAUAGUAAAAACGGGAAAAUUUAAGAAAAUGUUUGGAUGGGGUGACUUCCAUUCCAACAUUAAAACUGUUAAACUCAACCUCCUGAUCACGGGGAAAAUUGUUGACCAUGGCAAUGGAACCUUCAGUGUUUAUUUCCGACAUAAUUCCACAGGCCUGGGCAAUGUUUCUGUGAGUUUGGUACCCCCUUCCAAAGUUGUGGAAUUUGAAGUUUCCCCGCAGUCGACCUUGGAGACCAAGGAGUCCAAAUCUUUCAAUUGUCGCAUUGAGUAUGAAAAAACAGAUCGGGCGAAGAAGACCGCCCUGUGCAACUUUGACCCGUCCAAGAUCUGCUACCAGGAGCAGACUCAGAGCCACGUGUCUUGGCUGUGCUCCAAGCCCUUCAAGGUCAUUUGCAUUUACAUUGCCUUUUACAGUGUUGAUUAUAAACUCGUGCAAAAGGUCUGCCCUGACUACAAUUACCAUAGUGAGACUCCAUACUUAUCUUCUGGCUGAAAUCUUUCCAUAGCGAUAGAAUGAAGGACGACGAAUAAACUUUUAAUUAGAAUGACCAAGAACUAAGCCCAGCUCCUCACGGUAAAGGAUCCCUUUUGUUUCUGGCAGUGCAUCUUAAUUCCGUGUUAGAUUUUCUUUUUUUUUUUUUUUAAGAGAAGAAAAAGAAACAUUUUUAAAUGUGACAUGUGGUUGUUUUGAUCAUAAGUACCUUAAUCUGAAGAAUCAAACUGUUUAUGAAGCCAUCACUUCCAUGUAGAAUGGCUACAUCCUCGAAAUAUUCUUUCUCUAAAAGAAGAAUCAAUGGGAGCAACAUGUAACAAGAAAGAAUCGAAUUAUGCAUGUGAUAACCAUUGCUCUUGAAUUGAGCCUGCCUUGAAAUAUGUUUUGGAAGUUUACCUUAAAAAUAGCAGAUUCAGUAAAGUAAAAGAAAUGAUUGUAUUUGAUAGAUAAAUCACAUCUGACAUAGAAUCCUUUUUUUAUUGCUAUCUUUUCCCCUACAUCUGUGCUGUUACUGAUUUGAGAUACUAUGGGGUAAAACUUGUUUCAAAACUCGUGUGUGAAGUUACAGUGCCACAGUGGAACUAAAUACAUUAUUAUCUGAGCUAGAGUUGAGCAAAUGUGUUUUAAACACUUAGCCCUCAUGAUUCUCGCCUGAAUGGUAAUAUUGGUGUAUUGGGAAAACAAAUCUGAAUAGAAGACAAUUCAACAAUAAUGAAGAUCAUAAUGUUUUUAGAUUCGUUUGCCAAAUUCAGUGCUGCGAGCUUGUCAAAAAUGUCAUAAAUCUGUAUUCACCCUAUAACCUAUACCCUCAUUCUGUUCGUUUGGUAUUCUGAUUUUCACAAACAUGUGUAGAACAACUCUGAAAUUGAGAGAAAGUGAUUGUUUUCUUCGGCUAAAAUACGAAAAAAAAGCAAAAAAACUGGAAGUGGAAGGAGAAAUUUCCAGGAUUAUGGAUUCAUUAUUUCUAACCUCCCAGAUUAAGUUCUCCUUGAAUUUAAUUGAAUGAGGGAUCAAAUUCUUUGUAUAAACAAAGAGUAUAUUUAAACAUUAUUAAUUAUUAUUAAGUACUAAUAAUCAAGAUACCUGACUCACCAGGCUUUUGAAAUUAUUUACAAAUUAAUGUUUCUUCACAAUCGGUGCCUGCCCCGUCUUCUCUGAGGGAAUGAACUAUCAUCCUGGAUUACAGAAUUGGAUGAUCUUGGUAUUAGCAUAAAAGGAGGGUCCGGGUGACCAGGAAAAACAUUUCUAGAAUUCAGAAUGGUUAUUCUUUUUACAUUAGAUGUUAACCUUUCCCUCCCUUCUUAUCUGUAAAAUAUCAGUUAAAGUAAAACAUUAAAUUGAUAACUGAAGGAAAACCAGUCCUAACGUACAAAAAUACUCUUAACCACAUUGUUCAGAAAACCAACAGCUCAGCUCUCUAUUUUGCAUCGCCAUCCCUUUCCUUUUACUGCUGAUAUCUGCUCAGUGUUUGGUUUUGUCUUUUGUAAAAAUUGUACUAGGCUUAGUGUGUGGUAGUACAGGCUUGAAAUUUUUGUUCUGAGUUCAUCAGGUGUUUUUGUAAUUUUGUGGUUGGUGUGAAACAUUUUGAGACAUCUUUUAAUUUUCAUCUAGAAACAAGAUUAACAUACUAUUUAUUGUAAAAUAUGUGAGAACCAUAUAUGUAUAUAUACUUAGAAUUUUCUGUGUACUGUACA